AUGACUUUAACAUUUGUGAAAAUCAAUUGGGUGCUAUCACAUGAAAAUUCAAAUGCUGAGAGUUUAGCAAAUGAAAUAAAACUAUCAACAAAUAAACUGACACAAAUGAAUUAUGCCAAUGUUAUGAUGGUGUUCCGUGAUGAGUGGGAAUUUUCAGGGGUUCAGAAAGAAUACGUUCAGAAGUUCCUCAUGCCAUAUAUUCACUGUUAUGCCCAUCGAUUGAACUUUAUGUUUAGUUCAAACACUCAAAAUAUACCUUAUAUUAAAAGAUUGAUAGACACAAGAUGGGCGUAUUGGUACACAUCAAUUAAAAUUAAUAUGCGUUUUUCUGAAUUGUUAGAAGUUCUUUCAGUUCUGAGUAAUGAAGGUGAUCAAACUGCAAGAGCUAUUGGAAUUUUAAAUGAAAUGUCUACUUUACCCUUCAUAUUAACCUCACUCUCCAUGGAAGCUCUUUUACAAACAGUCCAUUGUGCCUCUCUAGGACUCCAAAAUUCCAAUGUGAUACAAUCCGUGGCAGUUAAUUUAAUAAAUAGUACAAAAGAGUCUAUUAAACAAAUGCACAAUGAUACUUUUUGGGAAAAUAUUAAUAACUCAGCAAAAUUAAUUGCUGAAAAAAAUGGAAUAGCUAUAGAAAAUAGACAUAAUUCUAAACGGUGCAUUGAUACUGAUGAAAAUUUACAAUCAAACAAUCCAAAAUAUUUGUUUUAUAUUGCAAUUGACAGCCUCUUGCUUGAAUCUGAAUUUCAAUCUGCUAAAGCCCUUAUACAAAAUUCUAAUACAAACCAAAGUAACAACAAUAUUUUUUCUAUUUCCAAAAUUUUAAACAAAAUUCCUAAUGCUUUUCCAGAAACUUUAAAAAUCAUAACUAUCCUCUUAACUUUACCCGUUUCAACUGCUUCAAAUGAACGUUUCUUUUCUUCGCUUAAGCUUGUUAAAACGCAUUUAAGAUUGACAAUGGGCGAUGAACGACUGAGUGAUUUAUUAGUGAUAGCCGUGGAGAAGGAAACAGCUUCACUGAUAAAUUUAAAUCAAGCUGUUGAUAUGUUUGGAGCUAUGAAAACAAGAAGAUAUCCUGUCACUGCCUAG